GUGACUUUAAUAUUCUGUGUCUGUUUCCGGCUCCGGUGAAAUGGGGAAUACAACACAUGUUUGGAUAACAAUAGGUCUAGGAACAUGUGUCUUUUUAAUCAUUGGAAGCUUCCUAAUGGUAUACAGUUUCAGUUACAUAGAGUAUUAUGAGUAUGGAUUUAAACGACAAAAGUCAACUGGUAUAGUAGAUAAAACAGACGUUUACACAGCUGGGAGGUAUUUCUAUGGACCGGAUAUGGAAUUCAAAAUUUUCCCACGAGACGCCCAUUACGUCACAUUGAAAAGUGCUAAAAUAUUCACAGCCGACAAAUUAGAGGUCCUUCUCACAGUUCAUUUCCAGUAUUUCCUCAGAAAGGAUCUGCUGGUAUUGCUACACGACACCUUUGACCUGGACUACAGUGAUAUCAUCAAAACCAGUGCUCUGGAUGCAAUGAAGGGUUCAACAACAGCAUACACAACGCGAGAGCUAGUAUCUGACAGAAAGUUACUAGAGGAGACAAUCUACAAGGCCGUCAGGGAACGUCUCGGGGGCACCUGCUGUAGGCCUGACUGCUCUUCGUAUGCAUACGCUUGUCCUCCAAAUUGUAAACCAAACACGACUUGUACCCUGAAAGACAAAGGCUAUUUUGUGGAUGUCCGAUACUUUCAACUUGGAGAAGUGACCAUACCUGCUACUGUGCAAGAACGUUUCAUGAGAUCUUUGACAUUACAAGAGGAAUCCGACCGCGAGGUGCUCGUACAGGAAGCUAAAGUUGUACGCAAAAAUACAACUGCUAUGGUCCAGCAAAUGAGGAACAAAGCGGAGGAAAUUUGGAAUGAUGGAACAGCGGAGGCCAAUUUAAUAUCCGCUAGAGCACUAGCUAACUACACGGCCGUUUUAGAGACUGCACGUGCUGAAGGACUGAAACACAUCCUCAAUGAAAUGGGAUUUUUACAACAAGAGCACAAGAACAGUUUCAAUUAUUUACGAGCUUUAAGAGAACUGCCCAUGGCUCAUUUCACUGUCGAUUUUCAGCAACGAAUUGCAGGAAAUGUUUAGUGAAUUUAAUUUAAAAAAAGAUUAUUUUGUUCUUGAUGCGUGUCCUCGGUAACAGUGCACAGCAUCAUGGGUGUAUCAAGAACUAUUUUUCCUGGAGGGAGCCCCCUAUUGACAAUGGUUUAAAGACUGAUUCAACCUAUCCAAGGGGUCGUUGUCAUUGUGUUUGUACUAUUUUUUAUUAUUGAAUCUUACAUAGUAUCAAAAUGGUAAUCAUAAUUAUGUAAUUUUUUUUUAUCAAAUAUAAGGUCCUUACUACUGGUACCCCUUUCUAGAUCCACAACAUGAUUCUUGAGGUUUUCCUGUUUUUAUUUCAAAACAUAGGUCUGAAAAUUAUUGAAAUGUUUACAUAGUUCUGCAGAUGUCAUCAACAACUUCUCCGAUUCUAGAAAAAUAGAUGUGGAAAUGUUUAAGAACAUUUCAUUUUCUUAUAUUUUAUUCAUGCACGCGGCUAUUUUUACGGUUUCUAACUUAUCUACGAGAUGGAUACAUACAAUAUUAUACAGUUAUUGACAUUUUUGACAAGGUCUUGCACUCUAGUUGUAAACAAGUAUGGUCGGUCAGGUAUCGUUUCGUAUGCUCUAGUGUUUGGAAUUAUACAAUCGUAUGAUAAAAAUACAUGUAUUGUUAACAUUUUCUCGGCACUGGCUUGGUGAAUAGUGUACUUCUCAGGUCGCUAAAGCAUCGCAUUGGUCUAAAAUAUGUCAUUGAUUGUAUAUUUCCCAGAGGCACUGCAAUGAUCCUAGUACUGAAGGAAAAAUAGUUUAGUCCAUUGCAUUGAAAUACAUGAAAAUUAUUUCACGAGAAACAGCUCUAAAUCUGCUACAGGGAUUUCAACAGUCUCGAUUGAAGUCAGCAUUUCGCAAAUUCUAUGGUCGUUAUAACGAUCUAGUUCGUCAAUACAACCUCGCAUUGGGUCAAAUGCUGUCUGACGUGUUUCAUACCGAUUGUUAAGCCGUUCUUGGCACACUGAUUUUGACUGCGGAUAACUCCGUUUACCUGAUCAGGAUAUGGGGUUCACGACGGGUGUGACCGGUCAACAGGGGAUGCUUACUCCUCCUAGGCACCUGAUCCCACCUCUGGUGUGUCCAGGGGUCCGUGUUUACCCAACUAUCUAUUUUGUAUUGCUUGUAGGAGUUAUGAGAUUGAUCACUGUUCGUCAUCUUCACCUUGCAUAAAGCAACACCGAUUCCAAUAAUGAGCACUGUAGACUUUAUGAAGUAUAUAACUAUUUAAUUUUCCCCCCUAAUCUGUCCAUGUGAUACAAAGGCUUUGUCCUACAAUACAGCAUAUUGCAUAGAUCAUACAGCUUGUUACUUUUAUUCAUUCAUAACAGAAUUCUAAAACAAAUCUAAAAAGAUCAUGAAUUCCAUGAGAUCAGAAUGUCACAUUUAUAUCAUAUACACUGUACAUGUAUCAUUGAAUAAACUUGGGAUGUCAUAACAUAGGUAAAUGUCAGUGCCUAUUAUUCAUAUACCUUGUUUAGAAUUUUCGGAGGUGUUUUCUUUUAGAUGAAAUUUUCAUCUA